GAACUUCUAUAACUCUCAUUUGGGGUUAGGGCUUUCACUUUCACCUCUAUACGUUAAAAAGCAGGAAUAUGGAAAUUGGUAAUUACUGAAACCCAAAUUAAGUGAUUAAUUUUACAGCAAUGUUAGACAAAAACAACUAUUUACAAAUGUAAUCUAUAAUCUUAACAUUAAUUCACAAAUAAUUAAAUUUGCAGAACAUGUUAAUAUAAGUCUGACAUUAAUCACAAUACAAAUUUUCUUAGUAACAUAUUUAACCACAAUGUGUGAGAAGGCAAUCAUCAAUCUCUGGCCUUAUAUUAAAUUGUCACUUAAAAUUAAAGUAUAAAAGCAUAUGACUCAAUGUCGAUUAAAAAGCGAGUGAAAAUGCAUUAAUAACAUGUUUAACAAUUUGCAGACUAUUAAGAAUGAUUAUAUUGUAGUCGUUGUGCAGUAGCGAAAAGGAUUUUAUAAAAAAAAAAAAAAAAAAAAAAAAAAAAAAAAAAAAAAAGUGUCAUCACAACAUCUGCCAGCACCUCGCAUCAAUUUCCUUUAUGGGGGAAAGUGUUAAUGACUUCGGGGGUCUAUCUUUCAAAAUGUGUCUGAUCAGUCAGUGCUCAUCCUGCACAGCAAUCAUGAUGCAUGUUUACUGCACCGUAUUUGCCCUUCAUCUCUUCUCCUGGGUUGCAGAUGCAACAGGGAGCAGCAUAGUGGGCGGUAAGGUUGCAAAGCCUCAUUCCAAACCCUACAUGGCAUCGCUGCAAGUCCAAGGAGUCCACAAAUGUGGCGGGAUACUAAUCCGCGAGGACUUUGUUCUGACUGCAGCCCACUGCAAACACCCUGAGACGACAGUCAUACUUGGAGCACACAACAUAGGCAUGCAUGAGAAAAGCCAGCAACGGAGUCCCGUGGCCAAGUUCCAUCCUCAUUCAAAAUUCGAUGGGAACUUCAGCUAUGACAUUAUGCUACUUAAGUUGAAACGUAAAGCGAAACUGAACAGGUAUGUCAAAGUGAUCGGACUGCCCAAAAAGGAUGGGAAGAUCCCAGCCAAUAGGAGAUGUACUGUUGCUGGCUGGGGCCAAACUGUGGGAGGAUGUAAGGAGGCACCCUCUUCAGACCUACUGAAGGAGACCACCGAGAAGAUACAGUUCAACUUUGAGUGCAAAAACAUUUGGCAAUACUACUUUCAGUCAGAUCACAUGACAUGCACCAGGCCUGAAAAGAACGGAGGGGUUUGUUUGGGGGAUUCUGGAGGACCAUUAAUCUGCAACACUAAGCCUCAAGGAAUAACAGCCUUUGUCAACAAAGAGGACUGCAGUAAUCGCAGGAUACCGCAUGUCUUCACCAAAGUCCACCCCUUUCUUCCCUGGAUUAAGGAAGUGAUGGAGGGGAAUGUUCUGGCAUGAGCCCACCGCAUUUGUUUUUACUUGCUAAAUGUUGACUUGAUUGCUCUUAUUUCUCAGAAAAAAAAGCAGGUACAGUUCAUUCAGAAAUAAUGUAAUAAUUAAUUUAAUUUCCAAAUAAUGCGUGUAAUCUAUUCUCAAUAUUAAAACAAGCAAGAUAAAUGGAUAUGUCUUGCUUUUGCUUUGCUGAAAUGAUUUGUCAGCUGUGUGGCCAAAUGUAGACAUCUGCUUUUCCAAUUAUUGUUUCUUUAACUGAAUGUAACAAAUGUGGACUUCGAUCAAUAAAAAUAUAUAUAAAGUGUUAAAACCCAUAUGAAUAUGCUCAUAAUAAUUGUCAAAUUAUGAACUACAGCUUUUCAAAAUAUUUUAAUAGACCGUUUAAAAUUAUUAAAUGGAUGAUUAAUAUAUAAUCAAUGUUUUAGAGAAAAGAGAGUGUAUUUUUUGUAUUACACCUCUCGUUUUGAAAAAGACACAUCACAGCAAAAGCUCUAAAUGUACAGUUUAGCUCCAAAUUUAUACACCAGCCAAAUUGGGACUUUUCAAUUUGGCAAAAUAGCGCAAGAAGCCAGAGGUGGGAUCAAGUCAUUGCUUUGCAAGUCACAAGAAAGUCUCGUCUUUGCCCUCAAGUCCCGAGUCAAGACAGGCAAGUCCCAAAGACUUGAGACUGACUUGUGUCUCGCAAAGCAAAGACUUGUUCCCAACUCUGCUAGAAGCCCAUCCAUCCCAUUAUAUCGCGCUUGUCUUAUAUUUUUUGACACCGUCAAAAUGUAAAAUACUAACAAACACAAAAGAAUAAUAAUAAUAAUAAAAUGUCUUAAUGUACAGUCUUUUGUCACUUAUGUGAUUUCCAGGCAAAAGUAUGUUCCCCA